CGCUCCUGUGAGUCCAUCCCGUCGGUCGACGUGGUGUGGUCCGACAUCAUCCGCAGCCAGCACCAAGGCGGAGGUUCAGGCCGAGCUGCGAAUAGUGUCGGGCCAUGCCACAAUGACCGUGAGAGUACUGAUGCCUGCCUGCAUCAGCCAUUCACGGUCAACGAACCCGCCCCCUCGGGACAUACACUCAGCAUAAAGGUCACGAGUAAGAAAAAAAAGACGAAAAUCACACAGACACAGGUGCACGCAACUCUGUAAAAACCUCAUUGUCUGGGCGCCUCUUCCCUCGCCCCCCGUUCCUCCCUCUUACAAAUACGUCUGUCUGCAAAUCGGAAAAAAGUGUCUGUUGGUGAGUGGUUGGUGCGACACGCUAUCCUAUGCACUCAUCUCCUCUGCCCGCCCGUCAAUAAAAGAACAGCUGGGCUGCCGACACAAAAGAAGAAUGUCCGCACGAGACGACACAGUGGUCGUCCAUCCGCAUCAGAAUACACGUAAACUAAAACUCGACAGUGCUCUCGGCCAGCACCAUAUCAGUCCUGAAACAGAGAAAGAAGGGGACGCCCGUGUGUGUGUGUGUGUGUGUGUGUUGGUGUGUGUUGGUGUGGAUAUGCUGCUGGUCUGUGCGCGGAUGGACGCGCUUACGUGUUUGUCUUCUUCUUGAUGUGAAGUGUCGACGGCCGGUCCAGCUGCGCCUGCCACGGAGCCAUCACCGUCAGUCAGAGCCCUACACAUGGCUGCAUCCUUCACGCGUUGCUCUGCCUACGUGCGUGAGCGUCCCAUCUUUGCCGUUCGCCUUGGGCUGCUCGUGGACCGCGCCAGUGCCGUUCUUCUCCGCAGAUUCCCCAGCACCAACAGCAACUAGAGCAGCAGCAGCAGCAGCAGACUGCUCCCGUGCUGCCCGCUUGCUCACGGGCGGCGGGAGGGGUUUGUCAUCAGGGUUGGGGAUGAAACCAAAACCGGCCUUGCGGGAACUGCAUGGGGGAUGGCGGACACAAAGACCGAGCACAACAGAGCACACAGUCACUCACUCUCGCAACGGCCUGCCCGUCCGGCACUCGCUUACAGUUUGUCCUUGAGAGCUGCGAUUCGUCCGCUGCUUGACCCCUCCUCCCCAUCGCCCUCCGUCUGGGCCGGUUCUGCAGUGGCGGCAGAUGAAGAGGGGUUCUCGUGGCCGUCGGCUUGGGCCGGGCUGCACCCACACAGAGAGAGAGUAGAGGUAGGAUCUGGAGAGGAGCGUCAUUCAUUCACCCACCUGCCGGUCUCUGGUUUCGGGGUGGUCUUGGGAGGCGGAGGUCCGCCGGGCAUCAGCGGCGCUCCGCCGCCUUGGAACUUCUUCAGAAGCUCAGAUACCUUCCCUGCGGGCACGUCGGUCAUCCUUUCCGCUUCUCACCAGAAAGAUCCGCUGCCUAC